AUGUCAGAGAUCGACGCAAUAUUCGGCCUUGACAAGGCUGGAAGCAGCUCCAAAGGCGUUGCAAAAGUGAAGCAGCCAGUGAAGACGAAGACGAAGAAGCGCAAGGCCGACGACUCAAAAGUGUCUGAGCCGGAGGGAAAGGCGUCAUCGUCCAAGUCGGCAGAGACUUCGGACAAGAAGGAGAAGAAAAAGAAGGAGAAGAAGAACAAGCUCGAUGAGACUCCCGCAGAAUCAUCAUCAUCAGCGAAGAAGACUGCUGCUCGCCCGCCACCAGCUGUAGUCCACGACCCCUCAGCUGCUGCCCCCUCCGCCUCCUCGUCCGCUACCACAAAGCCACCUCCGGCCAAGAAGAGCAAGAAGGGCAAGUCGAAGGAGGACGCAGAGUUGGCUGCCUUCACAUCCUCGCGCGGACUAGAUGAUGGAAGGGCACGUACGGAGGAAGGGUACAGGAUCUAUUCUGCAGAGGAAUUGGGCCUGAAUAACGAUGGAGGGGGGACACCGCUCUGUCCUUUUGAUUGUAAUUGCUGUGGGCUUCUGACCAAGGAAAACGUCAAACGCGAAGAAUGUCAUCAUUCAUCAUCAUCAUCAUCAUCAUUGUUCGUCAAGAGUCUGCAGCACUGA